ACGUGUUGUAAACAAGCAUGGUGCCGCUGUAGUGUCCGGACCAGAACCACCAGAACCACCAGAACCACCAGAACCACCAGAACCAGGACGCGCAGAACCGGACCAGAACCAGGACGCGCAGGACCAGGACGCGCAGAACCACCACCAGGACCAGGACGCGCAGACAUGGACCCGUCUCCGCAGUGGACCGACCUGCCCACGGCCCCGAGCCUCAAGAACCUGACGGACGGAGACUUCGGGUCGCUGAAGGAAAAGCAGCACCCCGCGGUACAGGACCUGACCCGAGCGCACAUCGAGUCAUUCGACCAGGCGGUGACAGACGGACUGAGCCGCGUCGUGCAGUCCAUCCCUCCUCUUGAGUUCACCUUCAGGAAUGACCGCGUCAGUCUGGCGUUCGCAGAGGCCGUCAUCUUCAGCCCGACGGUGGCCAAAGGGAGCGUGUGCAAAGAGAUGAGAGUGUUUCCGGCCGAGUGCAGAGGCCGACGAUGCUCCUACAAAGGCAGACUGGUGGCCGAUGUCACGUGGUCCAUCAAUGGCGUUCCCAAAGGAAUCAUCAAACAGUCUCUGGGUCUGGUCCCGAUCAUGGUCAAAUCCAAACUGUGUAACCUCCACGGCAUGUCGCCCAAAGAACUGGUCCAGCACCACGAGGAAGCAGAGGAAAUGGGAGGUUAUUUUAUCGUGAACGGGAUAGAGAAGGUGAUCCGGAUGCUGAUCAUGCCGAGGAGGAAUUACCCCAUCGCUAUGGUCAGACCCAAGUGGAAGAGCCGAGGGCAGGGAUACACUCAGUACGGUAUUCAGAUGCGCUGUGUGAGAGACGAGCACAGCGCCAUCAACAUGAACCUCCAUUAUCUGGAGAACGGGACGAUCAUGUUAAACUUUAUUUACCAGAAAGAGCUCUUCUUCCUCCCCAUCGGCUUUGUUCUGAAGGCGUUGGUGAAUUUCUCGGAUUACCAGAUUUUCACGGAGAUGAUAAAAGGCUAUGAGGAGAACUCGUUUUAUAAGAGCUGCGUCUCGGAGAUGUUGCGGAUCGUGACAGAGGAGGGCUGCACCACUCAGAGCAAAGUGCUGGACUAUUUGGGCGAGAGGUUCAGGGUCAAGCUGAUGCUCCCAGAGUGGUACACGGACCGGCAGUGUGCGGAGUACCUGCUCAGCGAGUGCAUCUGCAUCCACCUGAAGUCUGACGCGGAGAAGUUCUACCUGCUGUGUCUGAUGGCGCGGAAACUGUUCACGUUCGCCAAACAGGAGUGUAUGGAGGAAAACCCCGACAGCCUCAUGUGUCAGGAAGUGAUGACCCCAGGGCAGCUCUACCUCAUGUUCACCAAGGAGCGUCUGACCUCGUGGCUCGUCUCGGUGAAGAUGGCGAUGGAUAAAAGAGGACACAGGCUCAACUCGGGCUGGACCAGUGAAAACAUGAUGAAGAUCCUCAACAUGGGAACUGACGUCACCAAAGCCUUUGAGUAUCUGCUCGCCACCGGAAACCUGGUCUCCAGGACGGGUCUGGGGUUGCUGCAGGGCACUGGUCUCUGCGUUGUGGCCGACAAACUGAACUUCAUCCGGUACCUGUCUCACUUCCGCUGUGUGCACAGAGGAGCCGCCUUCGCCAAAAUGAGGACCACGACGGUGCGAAAGCUUCUGCCCGAGUCCUGGGGCUUCCUGUGCCCGGUGCACACGCCCGACGGAGAGCCCUGCGGCCUCAUGAACCACAUGACCUCCACCUGCAGCAUCGUCACGCAGACCCAGCCCACCACAGGCCUGCCCGCUCUGCUCUGCUCACUCGGUAUGACUCCAGUGGACGGGAGCCCUGGUCAGCCGUACUCAGACUGUUACCCUGUGGUGCUGGACGGGGCUGUGGUCGGGUGGGUCGAGGCUCAACUCGCUCCAGUCGUGGUCGAAUCUCUGAGAAGGUUCAAGGUGUUGCAGGAGAAGCGGAUCCCGGCCUGGACAGAGAUCGUCCUGGUCCCUCAGACGGGAAAGGCCAGUCUGUAUCCGGGGCUGUUCCUGUUCACGACGCCGUGUCGAAUGAUGAGGCCCGUCAGGAACCUGGCUCUGGGCAAGGAGGAGCUCAUUGGAACAUUUGAACAGCUGUACUUAAACGUGGGCAUCCUGGAGGGUGAGAUCGAGGCCGGCGUCACGUCUCAUCAGGAGCUGUUUCCUCACACGAUGCUCAGUGUCGUCGCCAACUUCAUCCCGUACUCCGACCACAACCAGAGCCCCCGCAACAUGUACCAGUGUCAGAUGGGUAAGCAGACGAUGGGCUUCCCUCUGCACUCGUUCUUGAAUCGCUCUGAUAAUAAACUGUACCGGCUGCAGACUCCACAGAGCGCCCUGGUGAGACCGUACAUGUACGACCACUACAACCUGGACAACUACCCCAGCGGCACCAACGCUGUCGUGGCCGUCAUCUCCUACACCGGCUACGACAUGGAGGACGCUAUGAUAGUGAAUAAGUCUUCCUGGGAGCGCGGUUUUGCACAUGGCUGCAUCUAUAAAACGGAGGUGGUGGAUCUGUGUGAUAAAGUUCGAGGGGAGGACGCUGUGGUUUUCGGGACUAAACCUGGAGACCCCAAAAACACGGACAAACUGGACCCGGACGGACUGCCCUUCAUCGGCUCCACGCUGCAGUACGGAGACCCUUUCUACGGCUACAUCAACCUCAACACGGGCCAGAGCUUCACCACCUUCUACAAAAACCAGGAGUCCGGUGUGGUGGACAACAUCAAAAUCUGCAGCAACGACCUGGGCACCGGCCACUUCAAACGCGUCUGCAUCACCAUCCGGAUCCCGCGAAACCCCACCAUCGGAGACAAGUUCGCCAGUCGCCACGGUCAGAAGGGCAUCCUGAGCCGCCUGUGGCCCACCGAGGACAUGCCGUUCACCGAGAGCGGCAUGACCCCGGACAUCCUCUUCAACCCGCACGGCUUCCCCUCCAGAAUGACCAUCGGGAUGCUCAUCGAGAGCAUGGCCGGGAAGUCCGCAGCCCUGCACGGUCUGAGCCACGACGCCACGCCUUUCACCUUUUCCGAGGAGAAUUCUGCUUUGGAAUACUUCGGGGAGAUGCUGAAAGCUGGAGGAUACAACUACUACGGCACGGAAAGAAUGUACAGCGGUGUGAGCGGCUUGGAAAUGGAAGCGGACAUCUUUAUCGGAGUGGUUUACUAUCAAAGGCUUCGGCACAUGGUCUCGGAUAAAUUCCAAGUCCGGACGACGGGAACGAGGGACAAAAUUACCAACCAGCCAGUCGGAGGCAGGAACAUCCAGGGAGGAAUCCGGUUCGGGGAGAUGGAGAGAGACGCGUUACUGGCUCACGGUUCGUCCUUCCUCCUUCACGACCGUCUGUUUAACUGUUCAGAUCGCUCCGUCGCUCAGAUUUGCGUCGAUUGCGGGAGCCUCCUGUCGCCGCUGUUGGAGAAACCGCCUCCCCACUGGUCGUUCACGAAGCACAGGAAAACCGUGUGCACGCUGUGUGGGAAGAGCGAGUCCAUCGACACCGUGUCCGUGCCCUUCGUGUUCAGAUAUUUUGUGGCGGAGUUGGCAGCCAUGAAUAUAAAAGUCAAAUUAGAUGUGAAAUAAUGCGGCACUGCGGAACUUUUCUGUUAGAGGGUUUGGCAGCUGUUUGUCUAAAUGGAAAUGUUAUUGCUUUAAUUCCAAAAAUAUGUAAUUUGUUUUCAUUUUACCGUAUUUUGCUCACUAUAGAGCAGUCUGGAUCAUUAAAUGGUCUAUUUUCGAAAUGUUUUCACAUAUAAACCGCACCGGACUAUAAGGCGCAUUAAACGAAACACAACAGUUAGAUAAGUUAGUCAAACUUUAUUUAACGCGUUCACAAUAACUCUCAAAUUUGUUCAAAUGUAACGCGUAAAAAAAAUACUGUCUGAGACUCUAAACUGUUAGAGUUUUCACAAUAAGUCAUAAUAGUUGAAACAGUUGGGCGAUUACGGCGUCCACACGUCCACAUCCCUCUGGUCAUGAUCCGAGUCAGUGUGGUUACUGUUCCUUGGCAGUUCAGUUCAGUGAUGAAUCGGGUCUUGGCGAAAACUCGGACCACAGUUGAUCCUGAUCCUUCGCCCGGGCGUCCACGAUCCGUCGGCAGAUCGUGGUGUAAGUGGCUCGGCGCUGUCUCUCUGUCUCUCUGUCUCUCUGUCUCGGUGAUUGUGUGUUUUUUCUCUCAUCCACUGCUCCCACGCAGCUCACACUUUCACUUUAUAACAGCCUUGAGUUUAAAGUGGACGUUGUGAGCGUGUCUCUUGACAGGUGCAUUUUGAUAUUAAAAGGAAUCACAGUCUGUAUUACUCCUGAUGCUCCUGACUGCGGGAGCCGUAAUGCUGCAAGUGGAGCGGCUUUGUAGUUUACUAAAGUCGUACUAAGAUGCCCCCAUAAAUUCAUAUAUAAGGCGCUCUGGAUUAUAAGGCGCGCACUUGUUUUUGGAUGAAAUUAAAAGGCUUUUAAGUGCGCCCUAUAGUACGGAAAAUAUGGUAUAUUCAAAAAUAGGGAUAUAACAAUAAACAAAAUACUGUGAUUUUGUAUCACUAAAAGUCUCACAAUAAUAUCGUGGGCUGUCAAAAUAUAUCGAAUUAAACGUUUCUUUGCUUAAAUGCAGGUUUUAUAGUAACAACAGCGUAAAAAAAUCAGAAACUACAUUUCCCAUGAUUCAUUUCAGCGCAAACAACACGAAGAAAUAUGUUUUUGACUUGAAUUCUUGGGAUUAUGACAGAAAUAAUUCACACAAAAAUCUUGCCAAGGUAUUUUAAAAGCUAAAAAGUGUUGCAUCUACAUUUAUUUUUCUUCAAAAUAUCACAAAUAUCGCACCGUGAGAUGCAUAUCAUGAUAAUAUCAUACCGAAAGAUUUAGAUAUUGUCACAUACGUGUUAAAAAAAACUUACAUAUAGUUUUCCCUGGAAUGUUCCACUGUAGCUUUGAACUUAUCUCCGUGAAGCAAAGAUGUGACACUACAGGGCCACACUUUUUAAGUAAUAAAAUCACUAGGGGUGUGCAGGAAUAUCGAUAUAUCGUAUAGUUUAAUGUGAUGAUACAGUAUCAAUAUCAUGGGCUGCUGCAUCGAUAUCUCACCAAGAGUAUUUUUUGGUAUAUUUGACUAAAUUAUUUAGUUACAGCUACAGUUUUGUUGCUUGUUCAGAGGAAGGAAACUUGUUUAUGCGACACAUUUGACAUUUUCACUGUUUUGAUGAUUAAAAUGUUUGUGUCUCAUAUCAACAUUGCAGCUUAACAAAGACUUUUAGUAUCACAGCCAUGAUUUAGCCUUUAUUUUUUUAUUGAACUGUAUCGAAUCGAUUUGAGAUGUAUCAUAUCGAAUCGAAAGUGCACUGUUUUGAGAUAUGUGUCAUAUCGAGGCCUCAAAUAAAUGCAAAAAUCCAUAUUAUGAUACAAUUCAGUAAGGCUGGGCAUCAUCGAGAAGUUGCCGAUAUGAUGCAUACCUCGAUACACUGCACUUUCGAUUCGAUACGUUAUAUUUCAAAUCAGUUUGAUAUGGUUCAAUAUAAAAAAAGCUAAAUCAUCAAUCAAGUCUUUGUCAAACCACUUCUUGCACAAAGUGAAUGUGAAACUAAAACACUUUAAUCAGUUUUAAACAGUUAAAAUGUCAAAUGUGUCGCAUAAAUGAGUUUCCUUCCUCUGGACAAACAACAAAACUGUAGCUGUAACAAAAUAAUUUAGUAAAAUAAACCAAAAAACACUCUUGGUGAUAUAUCGAUACAGCAGCCCACGAUAUCGGUACUGUAUCAUCACAUUAAACUAUACGAUAUAUCGAUAUUUCAAUAUUUUUGCACACCCCUACAAUUCAGGCAAACAUUUCCAUGGAGGCAAGCACCUGCCAAACUCUCCACUAGAAAAGGGUCUGUGUUUUUUAUUUCAGUUAAGAACAAAAUCUAUUAAAUGGGAAAACCGUUUAUUUCAUUAUUCUGUCUCAUUUCCGAUAUUUAUUUUAAAGUUUAUUUCAGAUAACACCAAUCAAAAAACAGUCUCAGUGCCUAUUUCAAUUUUGAUAUUUUAUUCUCUCUGGUUUAGAUGAAGUUCUGCUGCUAGAAGAGAAUAAAAUAUUAAAAUUGCAAAAUUGAAAUAGGCACGAUGAAAUAAAGGUUAAAAUCUAAUCUAAUAAGUUUUCCCAUUUUAUUGUUUUUCAUUCUUAAUUGAAAUACAAAAGAACGAAUGAUACACGGACCGAAAAGUUCCACACCGCUUCUGUAAAGUGAAAUGAUUUCUAGUAAAACGGCUUUUGUUGAUAUGCAGAUGUUUUGAGUUUUUGUCAGUGUGAUUAGAUUUGUCACUAAAACAAAUGGACAAUUAUGAACUUUGAGUAGAGGAAUACUUGAUCCAGUCUAAAGAUAAUUGUAUUUUUGGAAAGAACUGUUGAAAAAUAGACAUGUUUUAAGACAUAUUUCGUUGUUUGGGAACAUUGAAGAUGACCGCAAUGAUUAAAUGUACAAAAGAUUUCAA